AUGCUUAGCCCAUUGAUGGGGCCUGAAGUUACUUUACCCCCUGGUGCGAAAGAAACCUGUAAACUGAAGUACGACAGAUCAUCAGAGCAAAAGCGGUUACAUCAUUGCUCCAAGUGCGGGAAUACAUUCACCAGGGUCGACAACUUGAAGAGACAUCAAAAAUACGUCUGCGGCAUGCCGCCCCAAUUUCAGUGCAUUUUGUGUUCAUAUGCUACUAAACAUAAGUACGUUCUGGCCGUUCACAUGAAGUCUAGACAUCCUGACGUGAUCGUUGUUGAUAACAAGUGGCAUGCUGGUUUGAAAGGUCAUUCAGAAGAUUGGAAUGAUGAGAAGUGAUUGUACGGACGUUACAACAGCUGAAACUUUGAUACCUUACCAGGAUAGUGGUCUCACAUAUUGAAUAUCUUACAUAAAUUACAUAAAUUCGUAAAAUUAAAUUUCGAGGUGGAUCUUGCUGAGACUUGUGAAUUUCUGAGUAAGCCGCCAUCAACUGUACUAAUUCAAAAUAUUUCUGCCCAAUUUUUAACAAACGAGUUAUUUUGGUAGAGUAUCCAUAUCCUGGAGCUUCAGUUCUUGAAUAGAGUUAUAUUGUGUGUUCUCUUUCCUCAGUUAGCAAUGACUUUCAAAAAACACGACCGACAAUACAAACCUAAAUCAAAUCCAAGCGGAUAACCAAGAUUUCCGUAUUAUGUACCGCGGUUAUAAUAUGGUUCAAGAUGACACACGGGAUGGUGACGUCAGUUACUCGAAUCGCUUGAACGCCUUGGUUUUAACCGCGGUUUGUUGCAAGUUGUUUAUUUUAGAAAAGCGCGUAUAUAAUUUCUGAUUAUUUUUAUUAUCACUUAAUAAUCGGUGCUUUUUCGUCUACAACGGGGUAUGGAAAGUUGAAAAAAAGAAAACUUUCAUAAUAUUAAUGGGAGGAAUGUUUUUUUUCCGAACAAAAUUUUUACUGAUGGAACCAUGGCUUUGUAGCUAUGAUAACUUUCAAUUCUCUAAACUUUUCCGCAUGUCAAAGAAAAUAUUUAUUGAUUUAGCAAAAAUGAUGAAAAAGCGAUGAAAAAAAAUAUUAACAAAACCGUAUACAGGUGGACAUCAUCCAGUGAGUUUAUACGGCCAUAUUUUAAUAUUCUUGUGGUAUAUGGCUAUACAGGAUACUUUUUUAAGUGUAAGAACUAGAUUUAAAGUGUCCCCAACAACAGUGAUGAUUAUAAAUAAUGCUAAAACUGAAGUCAGCCUGUAUCAAGUUUCCCAAAAACGAAGCUGAAGUACAAUAAAAAUAUCCAAUACCCGGCAAAAUUCUAACUUGUCACAUGUCAAAUAAUAACCAGAAAUAUAAAACUACUCCGGAGUUGGGUAAAUACCACAAUUUUGCGGUGAUAACUAUGACAUAUAACAGCUGAUUCGUGACGUCACGGAUCUUAUAACCAAACUGAUAACUACAACCGCUUGAACGGAUUGGUAAAUACCAAGCCAAAAUGGUAAAUACCAUUUCCAUUUGGUUAUCCGCUUGAAUUUGAUUCUAGUGUAUCUAUUUCGCACCAUGCAAACUUUAUAUUAAGUUCAAAUUACGCACAGUCAGAAACGCUUGUAUUGACAACCUAUACAUUCUGCGGGAAUUACAACUGUUCAACUUAUAAUUUUAUUUACACCUUGAUAUAAAGUGUUAAUUAUUGGAUUGUUAUGUGCAUAACAAGUUACAUAUAUUUGAUAGGCAUUUUUAAGGAAAACCAAUCUGCAUUAUGCUCCUGGUCUUAAUCAACUAACUCUAAGUUUCAAGUU